CAUAGUUGUUAAUCUCUUAGCAUUGUUAUUAAUCUCAAAGCUUAUUUCAUCUUCCACUAGUUAUACUGCUACAUAGUUGUUAAUCUCGUAUCAUUGUUAUUAAUCUCAAAACGUAUUUUAUCUUCCACUAGUUAUACUGCUACAUAGUUGUUAAUCUCUUAUCAUUGUUAUUAAUCUCAAACUUCUCAUUAUCUUUCACUAGUUAUACUGCUACAUAGUUGUUAAUCUCUUAGCAUUGUAAAUAAUAUCAAACUUAUUUCAUCUUCCACUAGUUAUACUGCUACAUAGUUGUUAAUCUCUUAUCAUUGUUAUUAAUCUCAAGACGUAUUUUAUCUUCCUUCUAGUUAUAAUAGUUGUUAAUCUCUUAUCAUUGUUCUUAAUCUCAAAACGUAUUCUAUCUUCCACUAGUUAUACUGCCACAUAGUUGUUAAUCUCGUAUCAUUGUUAUUAAUCUCAAAACGUAUUUUAUCUUCCACUAGUUAUAAUGCUACAUAGUUGUUAAUCUCUUAUCAUUGUUAUUAAUCUCAAAACGUAUUUUAUCUUCCACUAGUUAUACUGCUACAUAGUUGUUAAUCUCGUAUCAUUGUUAUUAAUCUCAAAACGUAUUUUAUCUUCCUUCUAGUUAUAAUAGUUGUUAAUCUCUUAUCAUUGUUAUUAAUCUCAAAACUUCUAUUAUAUUCCAUAGUUCUACUUUUACAUUGUUGUUAGUAUCUUAUACACAGUUUUAUCAUAUUUCACUGGGCCUUUUUAGCCGUUUACAUUUAACUAGAUUCCAAUUCUAAACUUCAGACUUACAGAAUUUAGAUACAUGUUUAUUGAUCGUAUGGAAUUUGGUAGGACUAUUUAGCAGAAAAACUAGCUUACAGUCCAAACACUUGAACUGUGUGAUUGGAUAACAUUAAGUUUGUCUCUAAUUAACUUAGAACCAGCUUUCCCUUCUCUUGUUGUUUAGAAGCAGCUAAUAUUUCAUUAAGUCAUAGUUGUCGGUGAGAUCAUAUCCGAUAAAUUAUCAUUCAGGCGUUAGCCACCUAUCACGGAUGUCUGCAGAUUCGUUUGAAACGUAGUUAGUGUAUAGAAAACUUUAAACUAGUAACAGACUGCCCAGUGGGGACAAUGAUCUCAUGCACCAGUACCCAGUAAAUUGACUUUGGAAAUAUGAGCAGUGACGAAAGCCAAGACUCGUCUCCUCAACAUAGAAAUACCAGUAGAGGAGCCAGAAAAAAACGAUACUCCCUGGUUCGAUUGUCUCAUGAGCAGGAUGACUCAUUUACAGAAAUCAGAACGUCGAAGAAGAGAGAAGAUGACGGACCUCUUCAAGUUAAGGACGUGAGGCACUGGAUCCAUAGAAUUCGACACGCUCUGCGAACGGUCAGACUGUCCAAAAGCCGGAGAAAACACAGAUAUGAUUCCAUCACGACAUCGUACGUUAAGACGCAACAUGAAUUUUUCUCACAACGCAAGAUGGCGAGAUAAUCACCAUCACAG